AUGGAGGGUGGAGUCGGGUUGACGACGGCGCAGCCACAGGCCCAGCCGCCUCCGGUGGCCGAGAAGCUGAAUCAGCAAGUGGUGAAUCAAUUGAAUCUGGAAUCGGUGAAGACACGAGCCAUUAGCUUAUUCAAGGCCGUUACUCGGAUCCUUGAAGAUUUCGACGCUUAUGGUCGAACCAACACUACUCCUAAAUG